CACAGGCCCGCCCGCGGCAGCGGGGCCGUCCCCGCCGCGUUUGUGUCGGGCUGCCCCGAGCCCUGCCUGGCGGCGGGGCAAUGCUUCGGCUGCGCUUGGUGACGUGGGACGUGAAGGACACGCUCCUGCGGCUCCGGCAGCCCGUGGGGGAGAGUUACUGCGCCGAGGCACAGGCUCACGGCGUGCGGGUGCAGCCCGAGGCGCUCAGCAGCUCGUUCCGGGAGGCGUACGGCGCCCAGAGCAGGCGCUUCCCCAACUACGGGCAGGGCCAGGGCCUGAGCUCCAAGCAGUGGUGGCUGGACGUGGUGAAACAAACCUUCAGGCUCGCGGGCGUGCACGAAGACGGAGUCCUCUCGCUGAUGGCCGAAAACCUUUACCGGGACUUCUGCAGCGCGCGCAACUGGGAGCUGCUGCCCGGAGCCAGCGAGACCUUGAGCCGGUGCUGCCAGCGCGGCUUGCGCAUGGGGGUGGUCUCCAACUUCGACAGGCGGCUUGAAGACAUCCUGGCGCAGUGCGACCUGCGGCGACACUUUGACUUUGUGCUCACCUCCGAGACCGCGGGCUUCGCCAAGCCGGACAGGAGGAUCUUUGAGAAAGCCCUGCGCCUCGGCGGGGUCCUGCCUGAGCAGGCGGCUCACAUUGGGGACGACUACGCCAGGGAUUACAGGGCUGCCCGAGAGGUGGGCAUGCACAGCUUUCUGCUCCGCACCGCCGGGCAGGGUGGGCAGCCAGAGGUGCCCCCAGGGCACGUCCUGCCCACGCUGAGCCACCUGCUGGCCCUCAUCGAGAAGGGGUAACGGCAACAGCUGCGUUUUGGGGAAGGACCAGUGCUGCUGCUGAGUAGUGAACCACUCAUAGAUGUGAUUUCUUGCUGCAGUUUGGGACAAGGAAAAGAAACAAACAUUUCUGAGUGUAGGGAGAAGCACUGCCCACAGAGCAAUAGUGUCAUCAAUACAAUAAAGUGUACUUGGCACGCUCAGC